UUGGAAACACGGUUCGAAUGUCAUUUCAAAAUUAAAGGUAGAUUUGUUUGUAAACAAACUUCACUUUCGUAUUAUGUCAAUUUAUGUGAAAUGAAAUGUUUGGAAAUCUGAAAGAUAGGCUCUAUGAUGUACAGCAUGAUCUUACCCAAGGUUUACGAUCGAUUUCCACAAAGGCAAAGACAGCGAAUCAGCGCCUCGUGAGAAAGGCGGCGUUUACAAUUGCAGAGGAUGUAAAUGUAAACAGCAAUGAUCAGUGCUUUGAUUGCAACCUGGAAGCAGGCUCAGAAAUAAUUGCCAGGUUUUAUAAGAAUUGGGCUGAAAUACAUUGGAAAGGAAAAGAUAUUGCUGAAAAAGCAGAAGAAACAGACAAGGUUAUUUUAGAUAGUUUGAAAAGAUGUGCAGCCUUGGACAGGGCAAUAACGUCCUUUCAUCAGGAGCUCUCCUUUUUGCCAGAAGUUCUAGAAAAAAUUGAUGCUGCAACUGAACAAAUAGAAAACAUUCACAGCCAAAUUGACGUGUUUGAACAACUUGUUGAAGAAUUUGAAGAAGCAUCGGUUAGAAAUAUCUUGGAACGAAGGAAGGCGAAAGAAACAAAGAUUCUAGAUCGAUAUGUGGAACAUUUGGAGUACGAAUACAAUACGUUAGAAGAGGAAUUCAAAAUGAAGAAGUCAAUUGAAGAUGCCCAAACCAAAAAACUUGAGCGUCAAGCUUCUGCCGAAAGACAAAAAGUUUACGAAGAUGUAUUCCUGGAAGAAAUGCAACAUUAUAUACAAUACGGUGCUACAGAAAAGCCAAUUGCUGGCACUCCACCGUCACAAUCCUUGGAGGAUAUAACACUAGAUGAAGACACUGACCUUGAGCAACAACUCAAUGAUUUUCUACAAAAUGAUCCAGUGCAAGAUGAGGUUGGAAUUGGGCAAGAAAAUGAAGGAAGCGAAAAAACACCACAAAAUGAUGUAGAAGAGAGUUACAAAGAAAUUUAACAAAAUAGCAUUGACUA